AUGGAGGACCUGCUCGCGCAAGAGCAGGCUGCUGAACAACUUGUCUACUACCUGUUGAAGAGGCCCGAUGAGCCCAUUGUGAGCUUGCUGAAAGCUUUCGGAGACUACCGCAACAUCAUCGAGAAGUGUAUCUUCACCGACUUCGAACAUGGGGCGGCACCGCGGGAGGCGAAGCUAUGGCAAGCGCACACCGAGGGGAAGAAGUACUUCCACAAAGCUCUGAGCCCACUGCGAAAGCAGGCGGAUCAGCAGCCGGUGGCGAUUCGACAGCUUAUCAAGCUGUAUCUCCAGUUCUUGAAGGAGGGCCAGAGCUUCUACCGACAGCACAUUCAGUACCUCAACAGGAUUUUCGGCGGCAUUCGGGAGUUGGAAUUGGUGGCGCAUCACGUGAAGAAAGACGACUCGGGUGAAAGCUCGCAGUCGUCGCUCUCCCCAGAUCUGCAGAAGGUCGUCCUCGCGUCUUGCCACAGAGCGCUGAUCUGCCUGGGCGACCUUUCGCGCUACCGCGCGUCUGAAAAGCUGGAUAGAGACCCGGAUUUUGGGCCAGCAGUCGGCUACUAUGGCUUGGCUUGCACGAUUGUUCCGUCCUCGGGUAUGGGACAACAUCAGCAAGCCGUCAUUGCCCUCGAACAGCAGCAUCAUUUACGCGCGAUCUACCAUCUGUACCGUGCGAUUGUUGUGGAGGAGCCACACCCGAACGCUGCGCAGAACCUCAAGCGAGAGUUCGACCGCACCAAUGCUGCUUGGGACCGUGGCGAGCUCAUCAAGAAGACCAGGCCCAAAGACCCGGAGUCGGCCAAGAACACCUUGAUUGGAUGGUUCGUGCGCCUGCACAGCAUGUGCUUCAAGGGCGAGCCUGUCCGUGGAUACGACGAGCUGGAGCGCGAGGUGCUGGGUCAACUUGCGGCUGAGAUCAAGCAACGCCCGCUUGAUGCUACCCUCUUACGCAUGGUCAUGACGAACUUCGCUGCGCAGUACAAUGCUGCGGAGCAGUUUCAGGAGAACCCGAUCCAGCAAAACCAGAAUGCUUUCCUUCGUUUCUUCCGCCUGAAUAUCAAGACUUUCACGACAUUGCUACGUGUAUUCUACGACGACCUCCGAGCCAUUGACCUGAACAACAUGAACAUUGACGAGGACGACGAUAAUGCCGCUCACCUGAUGAGCAGACUGACCAAGACCGCACGACGCAUCUUGCCGAUGCUGCGCCUCUACAGCGCUUGGCUUCUACCUAUGGUAAAUCUUCUCGACGGCCUCUCUUCUGACGAGCUCAAGGACGUCAUCGAGCAGUUCUGGUCCAUCUACGCCAAAGCUGUCGACCUGGUUGCCAACGUCUUUCCUAUCUGGGACUUCGACGACUUGCCUGAGAUCACUUACAUGCUUGAGGAAGAUGCUGAGACGCGAGGCUUCAAGCCACUGAUGGAUGAGCCGACGAACGGCAUCUGGUACGACAAGAAUACUGGUGAGGAGAAGAUGCGCUUCUCCAGCUUGGGUGUGCAUCGAGCCUCAGUCGACGGAGAGAUGCUCGCCCGGGUCAAAGGUUUCCUCGUGGAUGGGCUGUAUCUGGCAAACGAUAACGACCAGGCUCCCAUCAAGCUGCGGCAGUCGCGGAUUCUGCACAACGAUGCCCAAGAUGUCGAGACGCCAAUGCCCGUGUUCCCGAAGAAGGCUGCGCCUGCGCCGGCCACCAACAAUGGAGUCACUUCCAAAAGCCCAGCUCCCACCAAGCCAAUCUCUUACGCUGCUGCCGCCUCCUCCAACCGGCCAGUCAAGGCCACUGCUCGCAAUGCUCAAUCAAGCGGUGAUCAUCCCGGCCCAAAAGUCUCACGACACGCCCAGCUGAGCCGCAUGGUGGACGAUCUGGUUGGCGACGAUGAUGACGGCAACACCCCUACUACGCCACCACAGCAGCAUACUAGCAAUCCAGCUGUUGUCAAUGGAGGUGAUGUGUCGUAUUCGGCAAUGCAUGGCAACGGAGGCCUGGGUCAGAUGCCUACCUACGCCUACACCGCGAAGCAGAAGCCCAUCGGAGCCGGUCCUGGUAUGGAUAUCACGCCGCCCAACAUUCGCACUCCCAGGGAUGCCACGAUGUCCAGGCCCACCGACCCCAUGCAAUCUGUCGCAAGCCUGUGGAACGACAACCCUGCCCCCCACUCGUCGCCGUUCCCAUCCGGCCUUCCAACAGGCACACUAGGCUCACCAGCCCACUUCAACAGCCGUGGUCACUCCCGCGUCAACUCUGCGAGUAGCAUUCGCAGCAGGACUUCGCAGACGACCCAGGCUGCCAACUCCGGCCUCGCAGAUUCGUGGUUCUCUUCCGACUCUACGCCACGCCCUGAAGACAAGCUGUCCGCUUGGAAGAGAGCAUCCCAGAACAUGCCGCAACAGUACCGUGCGAGCGCUGCCGCGGCGGAGACGAACUGGCGCCGCAACGCUGGCCCCAACGUGCCGCCGGUGCGCGACGAGACCACGAUCAAGGAGACUUUUAAGAAGACUUCCGCGAACCAGCGUCUCGGAGCGCCGCGCCGCUACCAGGAGCCCGAGUACACCGUCCAUGAUCGCGAGGGCUCGAGGUCCGUCGCGUCCCUCACACCGCAACUGUCGCCUGCUGCGCCUCUCCCGAACGGGCUUGCGCCUGGUUUCGCGAUGGAGAGUUCGACGGUGACGAGUCCGCUGCUCUUUGGUGCUGGGGAUAGUGUGUGGAGCACUGGGGCCGAGCCGACGUUUAGGCAGGUGUCGCCGCCGAGUUUCGGGCAGGCGGGUUGA